ACCUCCCUGCUAGUACUGUUUGUCAAAGCUGAGGUGUGUCGGUAUCGGUGCCAUCCCUUCUUCAGCAGCCAUGAGUGGAGAAGCUGUACCCGAUUCCGAGGAGGAUGAUUCCGACUACGUGCAAGACGAAACCGCCGGGGACGAUGAGGAGGAAGACGAGGUCGAGGAGCCGGAAGAUACGAUGGGGGUGGCCACGAGCGAUCGGCAGAGGUCAAAGAUCGACGAUAUCUGGGCAAGCAUGAACGCGAGCGGGGCUGAAGCUACGGCGCCACCGGCGGGGGGAUCGGGAACCGGACUUGCCGAGGGGAAGGGGAAAAAGGCGACUAAGAAGAAAAAGAAGGCCAACAAGAAGGCCAACGAGGUUCUUGCCGGGAUUUUCGGCAAGAAGGCGGCGUCCGACAUAGUGUCGGGGGCCGGCAAGGGCAAGCGGCGGGUGGGGGCGGCGGAGGGAGCCGCGCGAAAGAAGCUGCUCGCGGCCAGCCGGAAGGUGGAAGUGACGGAGGUUAAGAAGUACGCCGGAAAGGACAUCGUGGUCAAGCGAAAAGUGACGGCAGGGUCGGCGGAGCACGUUGCCGCUGCGGGAGCGAAGAAGGGGGGGCUCGACAAUGUCCUCGCCGCUUUAGACGGGCCAAAGUCGAUAUCCACGGUUACGAAAUCUUCUAUGGAUUGGGAGACUUACAAGGCGGCCGAGGGCAUGGAGGGAGACAUGGAGCAGGCCACGAAGGACGGGAAAGGGUACCUCAACAAGCAAGACUUCUUGCAGCGGUGCGACGUGCGGAAGUUCGAGACCGAGCUCGAGGCUCGCCAGUCGAAGCGCGACGCAUGA